AUGGCUUCUGAUAACUUGGAGUCGACCUUUGAGAUUGUUUCGAAAAGCGAGGUUGUAAUGAAUAGAAAGAUGGCUAUUGAGGUGUUGCGAGAAAUGACGAAGGAAGAGCUUCUUAAGGAGGAUGCAUUGGAGUCGAUUGCUAACAACAAGGAAACUGAGACUGCAACCAAACUGGCUGCUCUCAAGAAGGCGUAUGACGGAUUGAAGAGAGGUCGCAUGGCAAGACAGAAGUCAAUGUUGGAGGCUGCAUUGUUCACAACUGUCAUAUCCUUUCUUAUCAUCAACACCUUCUCCGAUCUUCUCUUCUUCCUUUCUGGCAUUCAGGAGGGCUGUGUAAAGAGAGGAUCCCAGACGGAUGAAGAUUUCAAAAUGAGCGUCGCCGAAUUCACUGCCAACAUCAAGACAAGUGGACGACUCAACCGCCCGAUUGGAAACUUCGACAACGCUGCUCUCUACUAUCUUCUAUCCGAAAAGCAACCGAUUGAAAUCGCCUUCCGUCGUCAGUGGAUCCCUGAUCAUGAAUUCUUUGAAGGAGUCGAGAAGUUCGUCCGAGGGAUGGAAUGGGAAAACACUUUGGAGGAGGAGCUUUUUGUUCGCGGAGUCCCAAACUUUGAUCGCAAGUUCCAGUUGGAGGAGAUGACCUUGCGUACCAUCUACAAUCAUAAGAUCUACAAUCAGAAAUUCUUGAAUCUGGGAACAAAGGAAAUGAUUGAUAAGAACCAUUCAAUCGAAUAUUUCACUUCCCAAAGAACCCUGAUUCGCUUGGAAAAGAAGAAUGGAAAUGAAGUCUCUCGCACCGAAUACUUCCUGAAACUCGGAGAUUUGCACAUCUUCGACAAACGUGGAGAGUUUGAGUGCACCCGCGUCUUCUACGCCCCAACUAUUGAUAAGGAAAUCAAGAAGAGAAUGCACUAA